AUGGGUGUGCUCAAGGCUGUUGGCCAUGCCUUUGCGCCUCCUCCCGCGCAAGCAGAGGACGGUCGUGAUCAAUGGCCAUCACGUACUUCCUUCGUCCUGGCGUGCAUGGGUGGUUGUGCUGGCAUGGGCAACCUGCUGCGCUACCCAUCCGUCGUUUACAACAAUCAUGGUCUGCAAUGGUACAUUCCAUACUUGAUGUGUGUCUUCUUGAUCGCCAUCCCCGUCCUGGUUCUCGAGAUUUCCAUCGGCAACGCCUACAGAGGCGGCUCUGUCGUCGCUUACAACAGCAUCAACCACCGGCUCAAGGGAACAGGCCUUGCCAUGCUGUACAUUGGCUUCGUCGUUGGCCCGUACUUUGUUGUCAACUUGGCUUGGAUCAUGACAUACUUCCGCUACUCUUUCCAAAGCCCUUUGCCGUGGAAGGACGAUGCGACCGCAUUCUACGAAAAGGUUGUGGGACUCAACCCUGUGCCUAAGCCAGGGGAGUUCACAGACGGGAACGCAGAAAUCGCCUCCUGGGUCCAGUACAGGGGUACAGCUGUCAUUGGCGAGACUGUCGGCUGGACCAUCUUCACCUGGUUCCUCGUUUGGGUCUCCAUCUUCCGUGGAGCGGGCCUGACGGGUCGCGUUGUCUACUUCACCAUGGGUCUGCCCAUUGUGGUCACCAUCAUUCUCAUCGGCCGCUGCUGCUCUCUGCCCAAUGCCAGUGAAGGCGUCAAGCUCUAUUUCGCCAUGUGGCGCAGUAGCCCGCUCGCUGAUGGCCGUCUCUGGCAGACAGCCUGCGGUCAGGUGUUCUUCUCGACAGGUGUUGGUUUCGGCUACUUCACGUCGUACGCCUCAUACAACCAGAAGCACUCCAACGCUGUGGUUGAUUCCAUACUUGUCGUGACCAGCAAUGUGCUGUUUGAGAACACUGCCGCCUUCGCCGUCUUCGGUGUCGUUGGUUUCCUGGGCAUGUACCCCGAUCCCGAGAACCCCGUCGGUGGCUUCUCCAUUGGUUUCUUGACACUCCCUGCCGCCAUCGUCGAGAUGCCUGCGCCAAACCUGUGGGCUGUUCUGCUGUUCUUCACUCUCAUGGUCCUCGGCUACUCUUCCGCGUUUGCCAUGCUUGACGCUGUUGUCACCCUCAUCAUGGAUGCUCAGCCCAAGUGGAACCGCACAUUGGUCGUCACCGGCGCCGUCUUGAUAUCUUUUGCGCUAUCGAUUCCCUACUGCACCCAGUUCGGGUACUACCUGCUCACCGGCAUUGAUCGCUGGACCAGUGAUGUUGCCCUGGUGUUUGUGGUGUGGGCUGAAUGCGUUUGCUCCAUGGUCGUGUACCGCUGGCAGGACGUUGUUGAGCAGGUCGGCAUGCCCUCUUUCGCUCUUUACAACUUUGGCUACUUCGGUGGUCAGAUCAUCGGCAUCAUCAUUGCGCACACUGUCGGUGCCCCAUGGGGUGCAAUCGCCGGCUUUGUCAUUUACAUUCUUGGCACCGUCAGCUCUAUGAGUAUUGGCAAGAAGCCCGAUUCCAGGGCCCCCCGUUUCUGGGGACAGAACGUCUUCUUGGAGCGUUUCUGGUAUAAUGCCUUCUACUCGGGUAACCAACUUCGACGCGACCUCAACGUUAUCGUUGGGCAGGGCAAGAAUUGGAGCAUUCCUGUCGUAUGGUCCGGCAUCCUGCGAUACAUUGCAGCACCCGCUCUCGCCAUCGUUUUUGGGUUCUCUUACCCCAACUUUUACAAGCUGCGCAAUGACCCAUUGCAUGUUAUGGGCUUCGGCGUCGGUCAUAUUGCCCUCCUCAUCAUCUUCUGUGGCUUUAUCAUGCCGAAGUGGUUCGAUGUCUUCAUCCCUCCCUCGCGCCGCGGCGAGGGCAAUGUGCUCUACGGCGCAAACGUCGCUGCCGACCCUGAGCAGAUGGAGAAGAAUGCCGAGCUUGAGAUGGCUCGUAAGCACGGUCAAGAAGACCUGCUUGCACAAGGUCACGGCUCUCAUGUGCACCCUCACAAUGACAUGUUGAGCUCGAGCUCAUCCAAUGAAAGGCCUGACCAGAAGGUUGAGGCUGACGUUCCAAUGGAGAAGAGUGCUCUGUGA